UCACUUCCGCCGCCGCAGUCGCCACCCGCCCCGCUGCUGUCUGGCGGGGGAGGAGCUCGAGACCGGGAGCAGCGGCUCUGGCGGUCGUGGCGGUCGGAGGUCCGAGAGCUCUGCUUCUCUGAAAAGCGUGUGGCUUUCUGGACUUGUUUCAGGCCACCCACGAGCCAGCGGGAAAGGAUUGCCAGCCAGAGAAAGACGAACUCCAAAGUCCCAAUGCACAGAUCAGCCUCCAGUCAAACCACCAAGAGGAGCCGAUCGCCAUUUUCCACUACUCGUCGUAGUUGGGACGACAGCGAGAGUUCGGGAACCAACCUAAAUAUUGAUAAUGAGGACUAUUCCAGGUAUCCGCCAAGAGAGUACAGAGCUUCGGGUAGCAGAAGAGGAAUGACCUAUGGACAUAUUGACUCUUAUGGGGCAGAUGAUAGUGAGGAGGAGGGGGCUGGGCCUGUUGAGCGACCGCCAGCGAGAGGAAAAACUGGCAAGUUUAAAGAUGAUAAGCUGUAUGACCCAGAGAAAGGGGCAAGGUCUUUGGCUGGGCCACCUCCACAGUUCUCUAGUUUUAGCCGUGAUGUGAGAGAGGAGCGAGACAAGUUAGACCCAGUCCCUGCAGCAAGAUGCUCAGCUAGCAGAGCUGACUUCCUGCCACAAAGUAGUGUGGCCUCACAGUCGUCUUCUGCUGAAGGCAAGGUGGCUACAAAAGGUGACAGCUUGGAGAGGGAGAAAAGGGAGCAAAAUUUACCUGCACGUCCCAGCAGGGCUCCUGUGAGUAUUUGUGGUGGUGGGGAAAACACCUCAAAGAGUGCAGAGGAACCUGUGGUCAGGCCCAAAAUCAGAAACCUGGCAAGUCCAAACUGCGUGAAACCCAAAAUUUUUUUUGAUACUGAUGAUGAUGAUGAUAUGCCACACAGUACUUCCAGGUGGAGGGAUACUGCCAAUGACAAUGAAGGCCACUCAGAUGGCCCAGCAAGAAGAGGCAGAGGCGAGAGUUCAAGUGGCUAUUCUGAGCCAAAGUACCCUGAAGACAAACGGGAAGUGAGGAGUGACCAAGUGAAACCAGAAAAGGUGCCGAGACGACGACACACCAUGGCCGACCCUGACUUCUGGACGCACAGUGAUGAUUACUACAAAUACUGCGAGGAAGACUCUGACAGUGACAAAGAGUGGAUUGCUGCUCUGCGUCGGAAAUAUCGAAGCCGAGAGCAAGCCCUGUCCUCCAGUGGCGAAAGCUGGGAGACUCUGCCGGGGAAAGAAGAGCGGGAACCUCCACAGGCUAAGGUGAGUGCCAGCACUGGCGCCAGCCCCGGCCCCGGUGCUAGUGCCAGUGCCGGGGCUGGCGCCGGGGCCAGUGCUGGCAGCAAUGGCAACAAUUACCUUGAAGAAGUUCGAGAACCAUCUCUUCAGGAAGAGCAGGCAUCCCUGGAAGAAGGAGAAAUUCCUUGGCUCCAGUACAAUGAGAAUGAGAGUAGCAGUGAGGGGGAUAAUGAUUCUGGUCAUGAGUUGAUGCAGCCUGGGGUAUUCAUGCUGGAUGGGAACAACAACCUUGAAGAUGACUCCAGUGUGAGCGAAGACCUAGAAGUGGAUUGGAGCCUCUUUGAUGGAUUUGCAGAUGGGUUAGGAGUGGCUGAAGCCAUUUCCUAUGUGGAUCCUCAGUUCCUCACCUACAUGGCACUUGAAGAACGCCUGGCCCAGGCAAUGGAAACUGCCCUUGCACACUUGGAGUCUCUUGCAGUGGAUGUGGAGGUGGCCAAUCCACCAGCAAGCAAGGAGAGCAUUGACGCUCUUCCCGAGAUCCUGGUCACUGAAGAUCAUGGCGCAGUUGGUCAGGAGAUGUGCUGCCCCAUCUGCUGUAGCGAAUAUGUGAAGGGGGAGGUGGCAACUGAGCUGCCAUGCCACCACUAUUUCCACAAGCCGUGUGUGUCCAUCUGGCUUCAGAAGUCAGGCACCUGCCCUGUGUGCCGCUGCAUGUUCCCUCCCCCACUCUAAAGACCAAGGCUGUUUACUCCUGGUCUGAUUAUUUUCCCCAUCUGAAAUCCACAAUACUGCAGGAGCCCUCUUGAAAUUAACAAUGGAAACAAAACCAGUCAGUCAGUUAGCCUAAACCUAUUGAUUCCUCGUGAUUAUUUCCAAUGUGAAAACAGUUGUGUAUGAUUGCAUUAAAAAUCAUAUCAUCUUUUAGAGGUUAGAAAAGGGAAAACUAAACUUUAUAAAUGCUACUUGAGAUUGCAGUAAGAACAUACGUUUUCUAACCUGAAAGUUAAAUCGCAUUUGUUUUCUUCAGUAGAAUGUGUUGCUGUUACUUGUAAUGUCAAGUGUAUCUGUUAAAUAUGUCCAAAAGGCAAAAUCAUUUUUGUUGCAUGUUAUGGGUCGAUGUUCCUGUAAUUGCAGUGCUGUAAAAGCUUAUUAAAGUUUUUCUUUUGGUUUUA